AGGCUUGGCUAAUUACUACAACAGGUUCGUGCCACAGUAUGUGAAACUCGCAGCACCACUCACGAAUCUGCUGAAGAAGAACACGCCCUACAAAUGGGAGCCGAAGCACCAGGAAGCCCUGGAGCAGCUGAAACAAGCACUCACGUCCACACCACUACUCAUCUUGCCAGAUCCCGAACGCGACUACGUCAUCAAAGCUGACGCCAGCGACCAGGCAGUGGGAGCAGUCUUAAUGCAGGAUCAGGGGAAUGGACUGCAACCAAUUGCCUACCUAAGUAAGAAACUACACGGGGCAGAACUCAACUACCCGAUACACGACAAGGAGGCCCUGGCUAUCAUCAUCGCCUUCAAAGUGUGGAGAUGUUAUCUUGAAGGACGAAGAACAACCGUCUACACCGACCACUGCAGCCUGAAAUACUUGAAGACACAACCCAACCUUUCCAGGCGGCAGGUCCGGUGGAUCGACUUCCUCGAGACACACUUCCACUACGAUAUCGUGUACAAGCCCGGCCACAAAAACAAAGCAGACUCUCUCAGCCGGCCGCACACAUCUAGUGUUUGACAUGGCCCAAAAGUUGGAUGGCCCUCCUAGGUUUACCGGCUCGGACUUUUCGCU